GACUGGUCGAUAUGGCGUAAUAAAUCAAAAGCCUAAGUCACAUUCCAAUCUGACGGUCGCUUGCAAUCAUUUUGCGAGCUAAAUAAGAAGUAGCUUUAGCAUAUUUUGAUCGGCAACCUGUCGCACACCGGUUGCAACAAGGCUUCGAUACCUAUUGCAACCUGCUUGCGAUUGAGGUUGCUAAAAGGUUGCGAAAAGGUUGCAACCGCAGGGUGAUCCAGGCUUUACGUGGUUAUGGAAGAUAAGAAGGCUAUCUUGUAGACUUUGAACUGUGUUUUACGGGUCGGGGUACAGUGGUCGGGGUACGAUAUGCUCCGGAAAAUUAGUAGCGUGUUCGGAAAAGGACAUAUUCAACUGAAAAGUGUGUACACAAAUGCAACUCCCAAAGCUUUUGUAUCAUCAUGCAAGCACAUGAUGGAUGGGCCAGAAAUUUGUGCAGUGCCUGGCAAGGUUUUGAUGGAUGAGAAGGUUGAACUUCAAAUCAAAGGUCUAAAAUCUGGAGCUGCUGUUACAGUGAAGUCAUUCCUGGAGGAGAAGGGGAUGAAGUUUGGAGCUUAUGCACAUUUUAUUGCCAACAGCAAUGGAGAAGUGAACACUGCCACAUCGCCAUCUCUUGGUGGAUCAUAUAAAGGGACAGAUGCAAUGGGAUUAUAUUGGAGUAUGAUACCAGAGCCUGGUCAACGAAAUGGACUGAGAUUGAUGAAGAAGGAUGUUACAACACCCUAUAAUGUACAUAUAUCAUUGCUCAGUGGACACAUUGACCCAUACUCUCCCAACAACAGCAAAGUCCAGGUCCCAGUAGCUGAGACUAAUAUUGAAAGACUUUAUAUGGCUGAUAAUGUGGAAAGAAUACCAGUUAGAGAAGGAGCUUUACGAGGAGCACUCUUUGUACCAAAAGGCCCUGGUACUUUCCCAGGUGUGAUGGACCUGUUUGGAUCAGCAGGUGGCUUGAUAGAACACAGAGCUGCACUGCUGGCGUCAAGGGGAUUUGCUGUGUUAGCAUUGGCAUACUUUGCCUAUGAAGACUUACCAGAUACUUUUUUAGAUGUAGACUUGACAUAUUUUAAGGAAGGUGCAGAAUGGCUGAGUCACCAUCCAAGUGUGACUCCAGGUGGUAUUGGAGUGAUUGGAACAUCUAAAGGUGCAGAAAUUGCUCUGCUUAUGGGCAUACAUUUUCCUCAGGUAAUAAAGGCAGUUGUAAAUGUCAGUGGUGCAGCAUACCAUGUUUUUCAGGCUAUGAAGUUUGGGGAUGAAAUUGUUCAAGUUGUUGAUCAAGAUCUAACAAAGCUGACAGAGUGCGAAGAUGGACUUUGUUUUAAAAACAUUUUCCCCAAGGAAAUAAAGGAAGAAUGCAUCAUAAAGGUGGAACUUAUAGAGGCCCCUCUGUUGUUAUUUUUUGGCGAGGACGAUCCUUCAUUUGAUGCUCCCCAAAGUGCCCAAAUAUUUUCAAAACGUUUACAUUGUUGUGGGCACAAAGACUAUGAGAUCCAUGUAUAUGAUGGGGCAGGACAUCUUAUUGAACCUCCUUAUGCACCUCAUUGUAAAGGAUCUUACCACAAGUUCCUAGGAACUAAUAUGGCAUGGGGAGGAGAUGCACAGCCACAUAUUAAAGCUGAGGUCCAUCACUGGAAGAGAACACUGGAAUUCUUCAGAAAACAUCUGUCUGCUCCUGUGUUCAGUAGAUUAUAGCAGAGCUGUACAUGUAC